AUGGCCGCUGUCGAGUGCAUGCCGAUGGCUUCGCUCCAUCAUCCUCACCAUCCCUACAACCAGCCGUCCAGUCGUCGGACCAGCUUCAGCAGCAACAACCCUUAUGCUCGCUUCGCAUCGCCUUCGGGCUCCUAUGCCCCAUCACGGCGCUCGUUCUCUGAAUCCGUGCGUUCCGCGCCAUCCAUGUGGUGGGACGGCACUGCCGAGCACUAUCCGGUGGAGCCAAAAAGGCGACGAGACAGCCAAAGUUCCGUGCCGCGCCGGACCAAGUCUCAGCGCAUCUACUCCCGCAACUCCAUGCUUGUGAACCCCGAUAUCAUUGACCAGCUGGAUAAUGUGACCCCCUUCUCUUACCACCACGAGGGUCCCUACGAUGCCGUCUGUGCCGAGCGCAACCACGUCACCCAGCACAGCCCUCUUGAGGCACUCCGGGAAUCCAACGAAGAGGCACUGCGCGCGACACCUCAGGACAAAAUCACCGACUGUCUGAACAGUCACCGGCCACUCGAUGGCACGGCAUUUUUCCCACCCGGCCACACAGAUAUCAACGGCCAGACGUACGACUACGAAGAAGGAUCGAACGAGAUCCGCAGCGACUACGGCCUGGGUGGCUACAUGCGCCAAAUAGGCAAGAGAUACUCCGACCAAGAGAUCAAGAGUGACCCAUUCUACCUCCGACCCCUCUCCAACCCCUUUAGCCAGCUCAAGAAGAAGCUGAGCCUCCGUCGGGAGAGGAAGCGUCGCAGCACUGCUUAA